AUGCCCUCCAACAAAAAACGGUUAUACAUCGCACUCUACCCAAGCGGGGUCGUCGACAAUGAGGAACGCAAAUACCAUUGGGCAUUUAUCCUUGGGCCUAAGGAUGAAAAGGAUGACAAUGUACCGGGGAUACGAUUUCAUGUCAAGAACACGCCGGGUGGAGCAUGGGUAUACGAGGAGGUGCCGUUACCAAACGUCAAAAACACAGAUGGCAGAGGAUGGUACUACGUGGGUAAAAAGGCAGCGGAAGGUCGUUAUCAGAACGCCGCAGAACUCGCAAAGCCAAGGCCGACCUUCGACUUGCUCAACAACGAGGAGAUAGCAUCAUAG